AUCAACCUAAUCAAAAUAGCAUGAUGUAAUACAAGAUGACAAAUUCCCCCAAAUAUAAAAUCCCUUCACUUCUCCUUGUAAACAUUUCAAACCCUCUCCCCUCUCUCCUAACCAUACAACUUCCUCAAAAACCCUUUUUCAUUUCUCCCCAAAUCAACAAAAAAAAAGAAAUAAUAAUAAAAAAAUGGUAGGAUCAAGAAUCAGCUCUGGACUUCCACCUGGAUUCAGAUUCCACCCGACCGAUGAAGAACUAAUCAUCUACUACCUUCGCAACCAAGCUACAUCAAGACCUUGCCCUGUUUCAAUCAUCCCAGAAGUCGAUAUAUACAAAUUUGAUCCAUGGCAGCUUCCCGACAAGGCGGAAUUCGGAGAGAACGAGUGGUACUUCUUCACCCCUCGUGAUCGGAAGUACCCGAACGGCGUCCGGCCAAAUAGGGCGGCCGUGUCCGGCUACUGGAAAGCGACGGGCACCGACAAAGCCAUCCACAGUGGCUCCAAAUACGUAGGUGUGAAGAAAGCACUUGUUUUCUACAAGGGGCGCCCGCCUAAGGGCGUCAAGACCGAUUGGAUCAUGCACGAGUACCGUCUCAACGAGUCAAGAUCCCAACCCUAUAAACAGAAUGGCUCAAUGAGGUUGGAUGAUUGGGUGCUGUGCAGAAUCUACAAGAAGAAGAAUCUAGGAAGGAGUAGUUUCGAACAUCAGCCAAUUAAAGUUGAAGAUUCGUUUGUAAGUCAUCAAAUUGCGGCGGCCAACGAUGAUCGGAAUCGUGGUAGCGAAGAACAAGAAGCUGCGGCGGCUGCAUACAGAUUUCCAAGAACUCAUUCGUUAACUCAUUUAUGGGAGUUUGAUAGUUACAUGGGCUCCUCCAUCUCCCAGCUUCUCAACGACAACUCUUCAUUGUACAAUCUGAAUAUUAAUAAUCAAGAAAAUGAUAAUGGAGGUUUUUUGCGGGCCCACGAGAAGCUUCAGCAAUCAUCGGAUUCGGCAGCCAAGUCCCAUGUGCAUCAGACAACGUUUGUGAAUCCGGUUUAUGAUCAGUUUCAGUAGUGAUGAUGAUUAGGGCUUGAAAAGGAAAGAGAGAUAAGGAUCAAAUGCAGCUAAUUAACUGUACAGAACAGUAAAUGGUGGUGGAAUCGAUCUGUCGUUGUCGAUGUAGAAAAUAUCUUAGGAUUCUUAGCUCAUUUGUUUGUGCAUGAUUAUCCAUCUAAUUUAAUUAGCUUUCUUAGUUUGCA